ACCGCUAGCGCAGUUGCAAUUGAGUUGUUAACCGUGUCGGACUUAAAAAUUAAAUAGUCUCGUCUGUUUUAUAAAUACAAGAAAGUAUUGAGCCAAAAAAGUCAAAAAGCUGCCAGGAAUAUUAAUUAGGCAACGGGCAAAGGAUAACCAGUUAGAAACCACCCCAACAGCAGUAGCAGCGGUAACAGCGACAGGAGAAAUCAGCAGAAUAAGCAGAUAAUUAAUUUUAACUUUCCACCUUUAACCAACUAACAAAAACACAACAGCAGAAAUGGCUGACCAACUGACAGAAGAACAAAUCGCUGAAUUCAAAGAGGCAUUCUCGCUCUUCGAUAAAGAUGGUGAUGGCACUAUCACGACAAAAGAAUUGGGCACAGUGAUGCGAUCACUGGGACAGAAUCCAACAGAAGCCGAACUGCAAGACAUGAUAAAUGAAGUCGAUGCUGACGGCAAUGGCACCAUAGACUUCCCCGAGUUCUUGACAAUGAUGGCACGCAAAAUGAAGGAUACCGAUAGUGAAGAAGAGAUCCGAGAAGCCUUUAGAGUAUUCGACAAGGACGGCAAUGGCUUCAUUUCAGCGGCUGAAUUGCGUCACGUCAUGACAAACUUGGGUGAAAAGUUAACAGAUGAGGAAGUGGAUGAAAUGAUCCGGGAGGCUGAUAUCGAUGGUGACGGUCAGGUCAAUUAUGAAGAAUUCGUGACUAUGAUGACAUCGAAGUGAGCAGAUAAAUUACUUGUUUUUAAGCCUUUCUAUGUUUUUAAGAUGUUGACGAAGACUGUAGCUGUGCGCCACAACAUCGCGCGACGCUGUUGCUAUGGAAACCGUUGAAAAGAAUAUAUAUAAAUCUUGAGAAAAAAGGAGAGAAUUAAAUUUAUAAAUAAACCUUUAAAAAAGAAAAAAGAAAUAUUAUAAUAAAUUACACUUUAAUAUUUAAAAUAAAGAUAAAAAAUAAAACUUACAACUCAAUGUAAUAAUGAUGAUAAAGACAUACAUAUGUACACCAAAAUACACAUACACACACACACACCUCACUCACACCCGUUCAUACACACAAAAGCAUACGCAACAAACGCAAACGCUAAGCAGCGAUACAUUUCCAAUAUGAUCACAUAACACCACCACAAACAACAACAUCAACAACAACUAGUAUAUUUAUUGUGUGCGUUUAGGCGCAAGUUCCAUUUGUAACAAAUGGUCCUCCUUGUAGAACGCGUGGCAGUGCCGCAAUCGUAUACUAAUUGUGGAAAUUGUGUUUGGAAAAAAUGCAAAGCAAAAACAAAAUACUGAUGGCCGUUGAUUAUUCCACAAGAAUAUAUGACACCAUUAUGAGAUACAUACAUAGUUACAUAUAUGUGCAUGUAAGUCAAAUAAUGGAAACCAUAGCAUCAUACAAACACAAAAAAGAGAACACAAAUGCAUUGAGAAUUUGAAAAGCAUGCGAUAAAAAAAAACAAAGUAAUGCAAAGGCAAAGAAAACUUUCAA